AUGAAACUAGUGGUGUUUCUUUUGGUUUCUGUUAUGGUAAGUUCUUGCAUGGUGGCUGCUGCUCCUCGCAGAGCUCUGGUUAGCAGCACUAAAAUACACAACAUGGAACAACAAAAUGUCGACGAGCUGCAGGGAAUUGCAGUAGAGAAAUUGAGUAGGGGUGGCGCGGCGGCAGGACAUCGUGAUGCCACCGGCAGUAUUGACAAUCAUCACAACAUACCCAGACAGUACUACGGCCAGUGGGGUAGCAGUUCUAAUGGAGGCGAUGGUGGUGAUACUCCUAAUGACAUAAAUGGAAGUGACCGAUAA